AUUUGCUCUUCCGGUGUUAGAGUUGUACGUCGUUCGGAGUUCAGGUGAAAUCCCGCGUUUGCAAUUAUUACUUCAUCAUGCCAAUUUCAAAAAUUCAUGCUAGGCAGAUAUUUGACAGCCGUGGUAACCCAACAGUUGAAGUUGAUGUUGUCACAGAAAAAGGAUUAUUCCGUGCUGGUGUUCCUAGCGGUGCAUCAACAGGUAUUUAUGAAGCCUUAGAAAUGAGAGAUGGAGAUAAAAAUUCUUAUCACGGCAAAAGUGUUCUAAAAGCUGUUGCUAAUGUGAAUGAUAUUAUUGCACCUGAAUUAAUAAAAAAGAAUAUAUGUCCAACCAAGCAACAGGAAAUCGAUGAUUUGAUGAUUGCACUUGAUGGAACAGAAAACAAAUCUAAACUUGGAGCAAAUGCCAUCCUAGGUGUUUCUAUUGCUGUAGCCAAAGCUGGAGCAGCACAAAAGGGAGUACCUUUGUACCGGCAUUUGGCUGAUCUGGCUGGUGUCAAAGAUAUUGUUCUUCCAGUUCCUGCCUUCAAUGUUAUUAAUGGUGGAAGUCAUGCUGGCAACAAAUUAGCUAUGCAAGAGUUCAUGAUUUUACCUACCGGUGCUAAAACUUUUACUGAAGCAAUGAAAAUGGGAAGUGAAGUUUACCACCAUCUGAAGAAUGUCAUCAAAAAGAAGUUUGGUCUUGCUGCAACCGGUGUAGGAGAUGAAGGUGGAUUUGCUCCUGAUAUCCAAGAAAACAAAGAAGGGCUUGAAUUAAUUAAAGAAGCUAUUGAGAAAGCAGGAUACACUGGGAAAAUUGAAAUUGGCAUGGAUGUAGCAGCUUCAGAAUUUCACAAAAAUGGAAAAUAUGACUUGGAUUUCAAAAAUCCUAACUCAGACCAAUCAAAAUUCAUUACACCCGAUGAACUGGGUCAGCUUUACUUAAAUUGGAUCAAAGAAUAUCCGAUAGUUUCCAUUGAAGAUCCUUUUGAUCAGGAUGACUGGAAGGCUUGGACAAAAUAUUGUUCUCAAGUUACAAACCAAGUUGUUGGAGAUGAUCUUACUGUUACCAAUCCUAAACGUAUCCAGAUGGCUGUUGAACAGAAAGCGUGUAACUGCUUGUUACUGAAAGUAAACCAGAUUGGUAGUGUUACUGAGGCAAUUAAAGCGCACAACUUGGCUAAAAGUAAUGGCUGGGGAACAAUGGUAUCUCACAGGAGUGGUGAGACCGAAGAUGCUUUUAUUGCAGAUCUUGUUGUUGGAUUGAGCACCGGACAGAUCAAAACAGGUGCACCAUGUCGUUCUGAACGUUUGGCUAAAUACAACCAAAUUCUUCGUAUCGAGGAGGAACUGGGAGCUGCUGCUAAAUAUGCUGGAGCAAAUUUCCGCCAUCCCAUUUAAGCUGGGAAUCUAUUCCUAUCGUAUUAAAAAUACUGCCUUUUUUGUUGAAAUUUGUAACAAGUUCGUGUUGGUGUAAAAUUUGUCAGAUGUUUAUCAUGAUGUUAUAGAGUGUUUAGAUAGUUUAAAUCAUCUUAUCCUGUAACCCUACCCUUUGUUGAUGUCAAAAACAAAAUCUAUUCCAAAGAAUAAAGACUGUUUCUUCAUAUUA